AUAGCGUUGUUUUUGUUUUCACAAAUUAAUUCAUAUAUUGUACUUUAAUAUUGAACAAUAUAGUUUUUAUUUAAUUAAUAAUAAUAAUAAUUGUUAUUGCAGCUAGCUUAAAGGGUUGAUCCAUUUUUCUAUGCUGCUGUGAUGAAGAUUUUUGAUAUGCUAAUUGAUUAUUACUAUUAUGAGCAUUUUGGAAGUGGUUGAUGUUUGUGGAAAUGAACUUGGUGUUUCUUCUAUUGUUAUUGUUGGCUAGUGUUUCUUCUUUUGCUCUUCCUCAGCUUGAUUUACAAGGCAGAUCUGUUGUGGCCUCAUCUUGUGUGUGUGACCCCUCUGGCUGACCCCAUUGCAGAAUUUUUACUUGUUGCUAACUGUUGUUAUGCAGUGGCCUUCGCGACAUAUUCCUUCUUGACAAUUCUGUUGAUCACCUCCGGCUUUGCCGUCUUGACAUUCACUUCCUUUUGUUGGGAGUGAAUCCAUUUACACGCCGAUAUAUCAUGUCCAAUAACAUUACAAUGAUAGCAAAACGCCGAUAAGUGCUCAUAAACAAUACCAAGGUUAAACGCAAAGCCUUCACGCUCAACCAAUAUCGCGUCAAACACUUGUUGUGAUAGGUCCAUGUCUAUCAACACAUGCGCGUAAUGACCGAAAGUUCAAUUCAAUGUGGCAUCAUCUAAUGCGAGCGGGGUGCCAAUUGCACUCGCAAAUUUCAAACAGUGUGCGCUGCCUCCAGUACUCUUGUGGCAGCCCCAUGAGGCGAAUCCAAAUUUGAGUAUGUGUCUGCCUCUGAUUUUGAGAGCUAAAGUCAUUAGUCCGUUUUGAUACCCGUCGACCAUGCCAUUCGCAUAUCCUCAUACGAAGUGAACUGAAAUUCAUAAUAGCCCCUUCCCAACGAUACCAUCCGCCAAGGAUUACUAGUUUUCCACAACCCGGACAAUCUGAUUUUCAAGUCUCAACCCAUUAACGGCUUAUCACCCUUGUUUAGCAUCAGUCUUCCAUGAAUCAUGUAACACUUCUGCAAGCGAAUGUGCCGGAACGUUUUUCACCGUGUUACCCGACGUGGGACUAGCCAUACACGGUCACGCGGCCAUGCUUCAAUAUCCUAGGCGCCGCCAAACAUAUCUAAGACUUGGAUUUAUUAAAUAAGAUGCACUAUAUGCAUUGAAGUCAUCUCUGAAUGCUUCACCUAAUCAGCUUACUAACUGGAACAAAAAUCAAGUAAACCCUUGUACUUGGUCCAAUGUUUACUGCGACCAAAAUAGCAAUGUUGUUCAAGUUUCACUAGCAUUUAUGGGAUUCUCCGGAACCUUGACACCAAGAAUAGGAGCUCUCAAAAGUCUUACAACUCUUUCUUUACAAGGGAAUAACAUCAGUGGCGACAUACCAAAAGAAUUUGGAAAUCUUACAAGCUUAGUGAGAUUGGAUCUGGAUCACAACAUAUUAACCGGUGAAAUACCAUCUUCUCUUGGUAAUCUUAAAAAGCUUCAAUUCUUGACAUUAAGUCAAAACAAUCUCAAUGGGACUAUUCCAGAAUCACUUGGCAGUCUCCCAAACUUGAGCAAUAUUCUGCUAGACUCAAAUGAUUUCAGCGGACAUAUUCCAGAACAGUUAUUCAAUGUUCCUAAGUACAAUUUCACUGGAAAUAAGUUGGAUUGUGGUGUAAUUUAUCAGCAUCUUUGCACAUCUGAUAAUGGAAAUCAAGGUUCAUCACACAAAUCGAAAGUAGGUCUCAUAGUUGGAACAGUUAUAGGUUUAAUUGUUAUUCUUUUUCUUGGUGGCCUUCUGUUUUUCUGGUGCAAACGGUACAAGCGUGAAGUUUUUGUAGAUGUUCCAGGUGAUGUUGAUCGGCGAAUUACAUUGGGUCAAAUAAAAAGUUUUUCCUGGAGAGAACUGCAGAUAGCUACAGACAACUUCAGUGAGAGAAAUGUUUUAGGACAGGGAGGAUUCGGAAAGGUUUAUAAAGGUGUUCUAGCUGAUGGGACAAAAAUUGCUGUCAAAAGGCUAACUGAUUAUGAAAGUCCCGGUGGUGAUCAAGCUUUCCAGCGUGAAGUUGAGAUGAUAAGUGUUGCUGUCCAUAGGAACCUUUUACGGCUCAUUGGGUUUUGUACUACUCCAACUGAACGUCUCUUAGUUUAUCCCUUCAUGCAGAACUUAAGUGUUGCCUCUCGACUACGAGAACUCAAGCCUGGGGAAUCUGUUUUGGAUUGGGCUACAAGAAAACGAGUGGCUCUUGGAACAGCUCGUGGCCUUGAAUAUCUUCACGAGCAAUGUGAUCCCAAAAUUAUUCAUAGAGAUGUAAAGGCAGCUAAUAUAUUACUAGAUGGAGAUUUUGAAGCAGUCGUCGGUGACUUUGGUUUGGCAAAAUUGGUCGAUGUUCGAAGGACUAAUGUAACCACUCAAAUUCGUGGGACAAUGGGCCAUAUAGCUCCAGAAUACUUGUCUACCGGAAAAUCUUCAGAAAAGACAGAUGUUUUUAGUUAUGGGAUUAUGCUUUUGGAGCUUGUUACAGGUCAACGUGCAAUUGACUUUUCACGUUUGGAAGAUCAAGAUGAUGUGUUACUGCUUGACCAUGCAAAGAAGCUGCAACGGGAGAAAAGACUGGAUGUUAUUGUCGACCGCAAUCUUGAUAAAAAUUACAACAUAGAAGAAGUUGAAGUGAUAGUACAAGUUGCAUUACUGUGCACGCAAGCAACGCCAGAAGAUCGUCCGGCAAUGUCAGAGGUUGUAAGAAUGUUGGAAGGAGAGGGGCUAGCUGAAAGGUGGGAAGAAUGGAGGCAUCUGGAGGUUACUCGGACGCAAGACUCUGAGAGACUGCAAAGAAGAUUUGCGUGGGGAGAUGAUUCAAUUCAUAACCAAGAUGCAAUCGAGUUGUCGGGUGGAAGAUGAGAGGGGCAUACAUUUAUACCAUCAUUUUUUUUUUUAUGUUGUCACAAAUAUACCCUUUCUAUUGAUUGAUUUGAUCUAGAAAUAUGUAGGAUAGGUAUCUUCAUUUUUUUGGCGCCUUAGACAAACUAAAUGAAUAAUGUCUUUUUGGUUGAACUUCAAAAUUAGCCAGUGAUUCGUCUAAUAGUUGAUGAUUCGUCUAAUAGUUGUCAACAAUGAUCAAUGUCAAAUUA